GGUAGGGCAGUGUAGGGGCGAGGGUGUGCAUGGCAUUUAGAGUUUUAGCUCCAGCCAUUACUUACCCUUGGGCCUUUGCACUUGCUGAUCACUGUCUGAGUUUUUUUUCUGCCCUGACAGAACUCCAAAUGACCUCUCAAGGAUCCCUUCUAUGAAUCUGUCCCUUCAUUCCUCCCAUCUCCCCCCCCCCCCCCAGUCUAUCCCUCUCUCUGCUCUGUGCAUGUGCUGGACCUCACCCACAUCUCAGAGCCUUACUGUUCCCCAGAAAGAGGGACCAAGUGCCAUCACUCUCUGAAACCCUGUAUUUAUCAGAGUGCCUCGCACUUCAGGGUAUCCGGCAUGUAGUAGGUGCUCAGCAAGAGACUGAUUGGGGACCUGGUUUGAAUUCCUGGAUCUGCUAUUUACAGGUUUUGCGACCUUGGGUAGCUCACCUUGCCUCCACAAGGCUCAGUUUCUGCAUCUGUCAAAUGGGUGUGAUCUUUCCCCUCCCUGCCUCUGAGGAUUUUGCGAGGAUCCUGAAUCUACCCGAUAGGAAGAAAAGAGCGGUUAGCGCGCCCUCUGCUGGAAGAUGAGACUCCUGACCCGCUCCUCCCACUGACGCCCGCUUGGCUGGGAGGGAAAGGCCGCAGGCAGGCGGGAGGGGAGCCGCUGGGAGCACGGAGAGCUGGACACACACGUUCCCCUGUAACCGUCACCGCGGCUCUGUGGAGGAGGUUACAUUAGAUCCAUUCUACGGAGCACCUACUUGUCCCAGAGCUUCUUACGCGCUGUCACUCCCCUUUUUUUAAGAGGAGAGAAAAGGAGGAACCGAGGCUUGCUCGUGCAGAGGAAAUAAAAGGUGGGGCGCGGAGGAAAAUGCUCUGGUGACUGGGAGGCCUCUGGAAGGGCUAAGGACCAAAUCUAUCUACAUCGGGGCUGGGGCUGCAUGGGUCUUGGUCCUCGUUUAGCCACCGACUCGGUUUGGGGAGGUACCGGCCAGUCCCUGCCACUCCUCAGGCUCCGUUUCUUCGCCUGUGAAAUGGGCACGAUAAGCGCGGACACGGGCAGAGACGCCUGAUUGAACGGGCCUGCGAGUGCCCUGCAGAGCGCGUGCUACGACGGCCACCAGGGGGCGCGAGAGGCUCCCGCUGGACGGGGACCGCGCACAUCCACUCACUCCCCACCGCCGCGCCAGGACCCCACAGCGCGGGCUGAGGCCCCUCUGGGCCUCGGUCUCCUUUUCUGGGCGGGGCGCCUCUCGCUUCCCUUCCCCAAGCCUCCAUAAGAUGAUGAUAAUCGUGUUGCCCUGGAGGGUCCAGCCAUGUUGAUAAUCAGAUUACAAGGCACCUGUUCCUCCAUUAGGUCACUUCCCAGCACAGUACCUAGGAGGUGGCCUAAUACCACUUUCAAGGCACAGGUGACAAGUCUCAAGCCCAGAGUGGAGCCACCAGCCCAAGUUCACCUGGGGAAUCAAACCUGGAUGUGACCGGGUGACUCUCAGCCCUUCCUGACCUCUUAGCAACUUCUCACUGUGAGGGUCUCCUGAGCUGUUACAGGGGACCCCAGCCCCCUCCCCCGCAAACUGUAGAGUGCAGCCCGGCUGAAUCGGACGGGUGGUGAAGGAGAAACCGCCGCUGGAGAAAGUGUCUGUGGGCAGGAACACCAGGCAGAGGGCGUGAACAUAGGUGUAGACAAGCACAGCUCAUGUUGGGGAGGAGGGAGAAAGUAGUGACGACAAACAGAAACCCCCCCAAACCUACUAAGUCUGGACGCCAGAUCACACGGUGACAACUUAACCCUGUAAAAACUAUAAAGUUACCAUCUUCCUUUAGAGAUCCCCAUGGCCUUCAUUUUCCUAUAAUCCUGUAAAGGAAUCUGAUUUUCCCCAUCAGCCCGUCCUCAGGACUGAAACUCCAACCUUAGAAUGCCAUUCUUAGGGUGAAGACAUCUUCUGAGGUUAGGAGGCUGAGGACUCCCUGUCAGUCAUUCACACCCCACAGGGGCAUCAACACACACAGACUUUCUAGGGGGCAGCUCAUUGGGAGCAGGUCUGGGGGAGCACAGAGUAUGAGAACGGAAAGAGGAACACAGGGAGGCCAGGCCUGGAGACAGCUCUGGUCCUGGGAGGUGCGGUUAUUAUCCCCAUUGUAUAGGGGAGGAAAACCGAGGCACAGAGAGGGAAUUUCAUCAAGAGUAUGCUGCCCUCGGCAGAGGAGCCAGAACCCACGGCCUGGCCACCGGGGCCCGCACUUUGAACCUUGGCCCACAGUGAGACAGUAUCACAUGGUGGCUGGUGCACGGCCUCCGGGUUCCACUUCCAGGGGCUCUGCCAUGUCCACCUGUAUGACCUUGGGCACUUUACCCCCGCCCCAUCCUCCUCUGUAAAGUGGAGAUAGUAGUAGUUGCCUCACGGGUUUCCCUUCAUUAAUACCUGUACCACGUGGACAACCGUGUCCUGCCUGCAGCCACCGUCCACUAAACAGGAGCUCUCACUCCUCAACCCCAGAUGCGCCCAUGACCUCGAAGAGUCCAGAGUGCUUCAGGAUCCUCAAAUGCUGGCCCAUGGGAUCCUGGAACCUUCCAGUGGCAUUCUAAUGUCUUUUGGCUGUGGCACUGUACCCUGCGUCCCUGGCCGGACGGCACGGGGCCACCUGGCCAACCCAGCUCGGCCCCACGCAGGCAAAUGAGGUGAUGUCAAAGCCUUGGCUGGGGCCCAGCCCCUGAAACCUCCCCCUCUCCCUCCCUCAUGUUUUCCCUCAUUCAGAUUCACACACACACACACACACACACACACACACACACACACACACGCUCUGGCUGGGCCCAGAGGGAAGGUGAGAGGGAGAGAGGGUGGGGGGGGGGGUGGCACAGGGCCACCGAAGCGUAGCUCCUCCAGCCUGGUGAAUGGUGCCCCCGACUGCCACUGGCCCUGGAGGGAGCCGCCCUGCCUUCAGCUGGAAGCCCCAAUCCGCAGCGAUCCCCGAGCCUCAUCCUUCUCUGUGCGAGCGUGUACAGGCAUCCACACGGGUUCACCAGCCCCGCUCAGCCCCGGGCCCGGCCAGGCGGCCAUGGCCGACGAGAAGACCUUCCGCAUCGGCUUCAUUGUGCUGGGGCUCUUCCUGCUAGCCCUCGGCACGUUCCUCAUGAGCCACGACCGGCCCCAGGUCUACGGCACCUUCUACGCCAUGGGCUGCGUCAUGGUGAUCGGGGGCGUCAUCUGGAGCAUGUGCCAAUGCUACCCCAAGAUCACCUUCAUACCUGCUGACUCUGACUUCCAAGGCAUCCUGGCCCCAAAGGCACUGGGCCUGCUGGAGAAUGGGCUUGCUGCUGAGAUGAAGAGCCCGCAGCCCCCAUAUGUCAGGCUGUGGGAGGAAGCCGCCUAUGACCAGAGCCUGCCCAACUUCAGCCACAUCCAGAUGAAGGUCAUGGGCUACCGUGAGGACCCUCGCCCGCUGCUGGCCCCCCAGCUGGGACAGUUGCAGCUGGGAGCCAGUGAUGGAGGAGAAGGUGGCCCCCAAGAUGCUCAGGGCUGGAUGGAGGCUGCAGUGGUUAUCCACAGGGCCUCAGAUGAGGACGAGGGAGAAAGCAACCUGACUCCGAGCAGGCCUGGCCUCCAGGCCUGUCCCCAGGGACCUGCACCCUUGGCUUCCUUCCAAGAUGACCUGGACGUGGCCUCCGAUGAGGGCAGCAGCCCCAACCCCUCUCCACCAGAGGGGGAGGAGCCUCACUGCCCGCCUCGGGAGCUCUGGGCCUGCAAGUGCUGGCUGGACCGCUUCCAUGACUUUGCCCUGAUCGACGCCCCCAUGGCAGAGGAUGCGUCUUCAGGGGGCCAGCGGCGGGACACUGCCCUGUCCAGCUGCUGGCAGCCAUCCCGGGGGACAAAAGAGGAGGAAGAGAAGGCUUCAGACCCAGGUUCAGAGCAGUCAGAGCGGGAAGAGGAAGACUUGUACUAUGGGCUGCCGGACAGCCCUGGGGACCCCCUCCCGGACGAGGAACUGGGCUUUGUGCCCGAUGCCCAGGCCUGAGAUGCAUCUGCUCCCUGGAUUCUAGCCCCGCACCACUGCUAACCCCCAUGUGACCUCACAGGGCCUCAGUGUUCCUGUCUGCGAAAUGGGGUUAUGUGGAGGUUCAUGCGAGACAGCGGGCCUGAGAGCACUUGAAGUGCUCAAAGUGGUGCAUGGGGAUGGGGUGCUUGCUGUCCGGGCUCUUCCACUGUUCACUUUCUUUGGGGAAGCGUUGAAGGUAAAAUAUGAUUCACUGAGAAGAAAUGCAGCUGCUGGGGCCCUCGAGAGCCUUUUCCGCCUUCCCACAAAGCAGGCCUCUGAACAAGACCCUCCUUGGUGCUAUCCCCAAGGCCCUGAUCCUCUGUGAAGGUCUCUCAGGGUUCCCGUUCCUAUGGAGUCUUGUCGCCACCCCCCCCCGAUGUCCUCUCCCCUGCCCCACACCCAGGUGGAUGGUGGGAUCCGUCUUCACUCAGAGCUAAUCAUGUCCAUCCUGCCCACAUCCCUCCUGUGGCUCCCAUCACCCCAGAUCCAAAACCUUCCAUGCCUCACCUCUGUGGCCCUCCCGACUUUCUCCCUGGUCAGCCCCGUGCCACAACCCCUGCUCUCCCGCUCCCUAAGCCCGUCCCAGGCUGUCCCCUCCAGCAGCAUGCCCUUUGCUUGUCUGUCUGGCAAAUUCACGCUCAUCCUUCAAACCCCGGCACAGAUGCCCCUCCUCUGAAAGCUUUGCCUGAUGUCACCACGAGUUCCUUCUGGCUCCUCUAUGCCACCUUCGGGCCUUGUACAUUGAUUGCUGGCGCGUGACCACCUGCUCAAGGCUAGACCUCUGCUCUGCUCACCUCGGUACCUCCUUGCUCAGAUCAGUGGUCACCGAAGGCUGACAAAACUGACCAGAGCCUUUUGCAGAUGAUGCCCCCACCCCUAACUCUUAGACUCGCAGGCCCUUUACCCUCAGGCAGUCAAACCUCCGAAGGGCAUGCAUCGGAGUCACAAAGGCAGGCAGAAAGCCCGCAGAGAGGCCCCCUUCCCUGCAGAACACAUCUGCAUUGGCUGAGGAUGGGGGCUGAAAUGAAGCCUCCUAGCUUGAUUCAGUUUGAUUCGGGUGGUGUUUACUGAGCAUCUACUCUGUGCUGCAUACUAAGCCGGGACUUUUAGGGGGAGAGAGACAUGAACUGAUAAGGUUCUUGCCCUCCAAGAGCUUACCAUCUACUGAGCUUGGUGCCUUGUAAGUUAGGGAGCAGAGCAGUUAGAAAUGGACAGUAGAGUCCAGAGACGGCCGAGUGACAACCACACAACCACCUGGCCCAUCGAAUGCAGGGACAGAUGGCUCAGGCUGCCUGAGCAGGCCCUGAAGAUAGCACUGCGCUGCAGCUCCACGGUGUCAUGCUUGCAUCAGGCUGAUCUGCGCAAAGUGCUGGCACAGCCCAGCAUAGACGGCAGGGGCUUCGGAGAAAGGGACGGCAGCAGACCUCCCACCAGGUCCGCGCACACAGCACUUGCACCCGGGCCCACUGGGAGGAGGAAGCCUUCAUCGAGGCCAGGCCUCUGGGUGUGGGGUGGGGAUCUCAGCCGAGGGCAGGGCUGCCCCCUGUGCUCAGUCAGAAGUGCACGCCCCUGGGCUGCCUGGGUGGCACCGUUGGUUAAGCCUCCAGUGCUUGGUUCCGGCUCAGGCCCUGGCCUCAGGGUCGUGAGACCAAGCCCCGCAUCAGGCUCCACACUCAGCACAGAGUCUGCUCAAGACUCUCUCUGCCCUCCCCCCCCACCAAUAAAAUAAACAAGUAAAAUCUUAAAAGAAUAAUAAAAAAAAAAAUGAAGUGCACACCCCUGGAAACACACUCCUCUUUUAUUCUGGGUCAUUACUUCCUCCCAGUAGGAAAGCCUCUAUAGUGAGGGGUGCCCCUGGGUGCAUGCCCUCUGCUGUAACAUGGUCCCGCUAAUGGCCACGAGACAGCAGACACGGCAAGGUGCCCCGUGUUCCUGCACCCUGCUUACUAAGGCAGGGGAGCAGGUGACCUGCAUCAGAAGGGCCAUCUGGGCAAACAGCUAAAAUAAAGUCUUCAGUGUUUAAAGGGGUCACUUUCACCUGCAAAUUCUUUUAUGUGAAACCACCCGUUCCCCCCCUGGGCAGGCUAAAUAGGGCAUCGUGCCUGGCAGGCACUGUGGGCACUCUCUGGAAAGCGAAUGCCAAGCACGGGGCAUGACCCCGCGGGACAGCUGUGUGGUACAGAAGCUCAGGGGUGGCCCCGCACCCCUGAAUCACAACUGCAGCGCAUUCCCCAGACCUCACCAGAGAACCCAGAGCCCCGGGCUGCCAGCCCGCCAGCAGAGAGACUCACCCUGUCCUAGGGAGUGGCACGGGGCAGCGGUGGGAGCGCUCGGGGCAGCAGAGAGAGAUGGCAAGAUUCAGGCUUUGCCAGUCCUGGCUCCCCCCACAUCCUGCAGCAUGAUGGGGAGCCCGUAUGCCUGGUCUGCCCUGGACAGUCCUGGUUUAUGCCCUCUGUCCUUGCUCACUGACCAUUAGUGCACCCUUUCACUAUCAAAGUCAUCCCACUUGGAUGAUAAAUGAUAUAUUCACCCUACACUGUGAACUUGGGCAAGUCUGGUUGCCUCUGGGGCAAAAAGGAGGUGAUGACCCCCUGCCUUCGACUUCAGCAGAGUUAGGCGGUGGGGGUAUUUGACAGAACCCGUCUGCCAAUGCCCUGCAGGAGAGGGCCACCGGGAGCUCACCCCUAGUUAAUAGUUGGGUUUAUUACUCAUGGCAGCGAGGGGGAUGGACCCCAUGGGAACUGUGUCUCAGAGGGCGUGAGAAAGGGCUUCCUGAGAGUUAGGGGAUGUGAGGGAGGGUCUGGGGAAGCAGGGCUCUGCUCCAUGCGGGAUACUGUCGGGAAGCCGGGCCCAAGCUGAAGUGAUUAGUCAAUGUGAUCUAGAAGGAGGGAAGGCUGGGCCCAAGCUGAAGCUGUCGUUGGCAAAGGGGCAGCAAGCACAGCCCAGCCAGGAGAAGGCGGCGUGGGCAUCGCACGGGCUCGCACGGUGUUCAUGUUUGCCUGCACUCAGCUGUGGCUCCUGGGGGGUCGUGAUUUGCCAAUGUGGUCACAGCGUGGCCUUGCCUGAUGCUGAUGUUGCGUGGAAUUAUUCAUGGUCAACAGGACACCGAGGCCGAGCUGCGAGGGCUGGGCUGGCCCCUGGCUGCCGAGCUGCUGUUCUU